AUGGUCCAAAUGGUUUCGCUCUCCACCUCCACGAGCCACACCCACCCACUCCCGUCGGCGUUUAACCGGCGCCCGGCGGAGAGAAUCGUUACAGUGCGGUGUGUCUCCAUUUCCCCGCGCGAGCCCAAACUUAUAAUUCCUUCUGACAAGAGCGAUAGCUCCUCCUUCGCACUUAAGGAGACGAGACAGAGAAAAUGGCUGAUGAGCUCGGAGGAGGUGAAGGAGGGAGAGUCGGAGGAGAGAAAGGAGGAUAUGAACACUAAGAUCGCUUCGAGGAAGGCGAUAUCUAUAAUACUGCGAAGAGAAGCUACAAAGGCUAUAAUCGAGAAAAAGAAAGGACCCACCAACUCGAAGAAGCUGCUUCCAAGGACGGUGCUUGAGGCUCUUCACGAACGAAUCACAGCUCUCCGAUGGGAAUCUGCUCUUCAGGUGUUUGAGCUAUUGCGCGAACAGCUUUGGUACAAACCAAACGUUGGCAUCUACGUAAAGCUCAUUGUCAUGCUUGGAAAAUGCAAACAGCCCGAAAAGGCUCACGAACUCUUUCAGGCAAUGAUCGGUGAAGGCUGUGUGGUGAAUCACGAAGUGUACACAGCGCUUCUAUCUGCUUACAGCAGGAGCGGCCGCUUCGAAGCUGCGUUUACUCUUCUGGAACGUAUGAAAAGUAGUCACAACUCUCAGCCUGAUGUGCACACCUAUUCCAUCCUCAUCAAGUCGUUUCUUCAGGUUCUUGCCUUUGAUAAGGUUCAGGAUCUUCUUCUUGAUAUGAGAAAACAGGGUAUUAGGCCCAACACAAUCACAUAUAACACCCUCAUCGAUGCGUAUGGGAAGGCAAAAAUGUUUGUGGAGAUGGAGUCAACACUUAUCCAAAUGCUUGGUGAGGAUGACUGCAAGCCUGAUUCUUGGACCAUGAACUCAACCCUUAGAGCCUUUGGGGGAAGUGGACAGAUAGAGAUGAUGGAGAAUUGUUAUGACAAGUUUCAGAGCUCUGGGAUUGAACCUAACAUCAGGACAUUCAACAUCCUCCUUGAUUCAUACGGGAAAACAGGAAACUACAAGAAGAUGAGUGCAGUGAUGGAGUUCAUGCAGAAGUAUCACUAUUCGUGGACCAUAGUCACCUACAACGUGGUCAUCGACGCGUUCGGGAGGGCAGGAGACUUGAAACAGAUGGAGUACUUAUUCAGGCUUAUGCAGUCGGAGAGAAUUAAACCAAGCUGUGUUACACUGUGUUCUCUCGUUCGUGCCUAUGGAAGAGCUGGUAAAGCGGAUAAAAUCGGAGGAGUGCUGCGUUUCAUUGAGAACUCGGACAUAAGGUUAGACCUUGUGUUCUUUAACUGUCUGGUAGAUGCCUAUGGGAGGAUGGAGAAGUUUGCAGAGAUGAAAGGUGUUCUCGAACUAAUGGAGAAGAAAGGGUUUAAACCUGAUAAGAUUACAUACAGGACAAUGGUUAAGGCUUACAGGAUUAGUGGCAUGACUAGCCAUGUAAAGGAACUUCAUGGUGUGGUCGAGUCCGUUGGUGAAGCCAAAGUGUUCAAGAAGCCGGAUUUUUAG